AUGGCAGAUCAAGAGGAGAAGCCGUCGGCUGCGCUGGCUGCGGCUGAGCGAAUCCGCCAGGCAACGUUGAAAGCCGCCAGCAAGGGAAUGUCUCGCGCGCAGGCAGAGAGGGCUGCGGCUGCUGCUGCUCGCAACGUGAACGCGUACGGGCAGAAGGAGGAAGGGCCGAGCCGCUGGCAGGAGCGCAAGGAGGCGAAGCAACGCAUGUACAUGGAAAGUACGGAGCAGGCGGCGAAGCUGGGCACGCGCGUGGACAUGCGAUCGGGCGCGGCCGGUGCGAAUCAGCAGUGCCAGAAGUGCUUCAAGCUGGGCCACUGGACGUACGAGUGCAAGAACGAGCGCGUGUACAUCGCGCGCCCCUCGCGCACGCAGCUGCUGCGAAACGCCAAGCUUCGCGACAAGUCAGCGCUGGCGGCGGGAGGGUUUGGCGGCGAUGACGACGUCGGCGAGAGCGACGGAAGCGAUAGUGAGGACGAGAAGUCAGGGCGGAAAAAGGGACGUAAAAGGGGAAAGGGUGGGAAGAAAGGAGGGACGGGAGGCCCUGACACGGCAGACGAGGAAGCGGCGACGAAGGUGAAGGGCCGGGGAAAGAAAGAGGCAGGUGUGGCGGACGAGGAGAGGCGUAGGGAGAAGCUGGCGGCCGAGGCGCGCGAGAGUGGCGGGGUGGAGGGCGGCGGGCGCGCGGGGCGAGAGAAGGGCGAGGCGAGGGCGCUGAGAGCAGGGGAAAAAGGGGAGAACGGGAGAAGCAGAGAGGGGAGCGAGGAGGAGCGGGACGAGAGGCGGCGGGACGAGGGCGUGGCGGUGAGAAGCGAGGAGCGCAAGGCAAGGGGCCAGGCUGACCGUGGCGCGGACGCGCGGGGCGAUGAGGAGCACGGUGGUGGGGGCUGGGAGAAGGAGAAGCAGGAGGGUGGUGCGAGGGGCGAUGCAGAGAGGGGCGGCAGGCCCCGAGGGUGGAGUGAGAAUGGCGACGGGGAUGGUGGCGAGCGCGAGGAGGGGGGCGUGGCGAGGGGGGGAGUGCACGGUGGUGCACAUGAUAGUGCAGGGGGGCGAGGUGGCAAGGGGCGUGAUGAGAGGCCGGGAGCGGAUGGCGCACGGAGGACGAAGGAUAAGGCUCGCAGGGUGAUGGAUAACGGCAGUGGAAGCGAGAUCGAGAGUGAUGAGGAGAGCGGGAGCGAGAGUGAGAGUGAGAGCGAGAGUGAGGAGAGUGAGGGGAGGCGUAGGAAAGGAGCAGGGAGGAGGGAGGAGAGGGGAAGAGGCAAGGGCAAGUGA